GUGGCGCUGCGGCGGUAUCGUGAGGUCGUUUGUCAGAGUGCGCGUGUGGCCUCACCAUGCUGAAGGUGCUCCAAGUGUGUGUCCGCCGCCAGGUGUGUGUCCGCCGUCAGAUGUGUGUCCGCCGCCAAGUGUGUGUCCGCCCCCAGGUGUGGAGCAGCGGGAGUUCCGCCGCUCAGAGGGGAACCGAGGCGGCGGAGGGUCGCAGUGAGACCCGGGGAAGAGUCCAUAGCUGCAUAGUGGACCCGAACCUGCAGGAGCAGUUCGUCUUCCUGGACUUUACAGAUCCAGAGGACAACUCCCCUCUGGAGGAGAGACACCUCCUCCGUCAACUCAGCACUGCCUCUACUGCUGCUGGUUCUCCUGGUUCUGCUGCUGGUUCUCCUGGUUCUGCUGCUGGAUCUCCUGGUUCUGCUGCCCACUUGUCCCAUCAGAAGCAGCUGCGAUCUCUGGAGCAUCAGCUGCAGGUGUUAAGGGGCGGGGCCCAGCAGGAGGCAGAGCUGGACUCCCUCAUCCAAUUCGAGGAUGUGGACUUCCCGCUGGACAACAGCGUCACAGCCACAAAGAAGAAGAAGAAGAAGAAGAAGGAUGCAGGGGGGAAAGGCGGGCACAAAAUCUUUGGGACCCCUGACGUAGACGAGCCAGUCAGCGACACCUGCUGCUCGGGCUGCGGCGCCGUGCUACACUGCACUGCCACCAACGUCCCCGGAUACCUGCCCAGUGAGAAGUUCAAGGUGCUGCAGCAGGAGCAGCGUUUGGGUGAAGCCACCUGCCAGCGCUGCCACCUGCUGACUCAUCACCACCAGGCGCUGAACCUGCAGCUGUCCAGAGAGCAGUACAAAGACGUCGUGCGGCAGGUCCGGCCCCACAAGGCGCUGGUGCUGCUUGUGGUCGACCUGCUGGACCUACCUGACUCUAUCAUCCCCGGCCUGUCUGAGCUGGUGGGGGGCAAUAAACACAUCGUUGUCCUCGGCAACAAGGUCGACCUGCUGCCCUCAGAUGCGCCCAACUACCUGCAGCGCAUCAAGCGGCAGCUGUCGCAGUACUGCCAGGACGCCGGCUUCGGCACUCAGGUGACUGAUGUGCACCUGAUCAGCGCUAAGACCGGGUACGGUGUGGAGGGCCUGAUCUCCAGCCUGCAGCGGUCCUGGAGGUACAAAGGUGACGUGUACCUGGUGGGCUGUGCCAACGCCGGCAAGUCCACGCUCUUCAACACGCUGCUCGAGUCCGACUACUGCAAGUCCAGAGCCGCCGACGUCAUCAGCAAAGCCACCAUCUCCCCCUGGCCCGGGACGACUCUGAACCUGCUGAAGUUUCCCAUCAUCAACCCGACUCCAUACAGGAUGUUCCAGCGGCGGCAGCGUCUGCAGGAGGCGUCGCAGCAGACGGAGGCGGAGCUGUCGCAGGACGAGCUGCAGCAGCUGCAGCGUCUCAGCAGACAGGGCUACUUGGUGGGUCGGGUCGGCAAGACGUUCCGGACCAACACACCCCCACUGGACGAGAUCCAGUUCGAUCCUGACAGUUUGGCGUUUGGAGAAGGCGGAGAGUCGACAGCGACAGCUCCCAGCAGGCCGAGUGUCGAGUUCACCCACAACGAGCUGAAGGACGCACACUGGCUGUACGACACGCCGGGAAUCAUGAAGGAGCUCGAUAUCCUCAGCCUGCUCAGCGAACACGAGGUGAGGUUGGUGGUUCCCACGCAGGCCAUCGUCCCGCGAACGUUUGUGUUGAAGCCCGGGACGAGUUUGUUCAUUGGAGCGCUCGCCAGGAUCGACUACCUGCAGGGACCGACGUCCUGCUGGUUCUCAGUCAUGGCCUCAAGUCGGGUCCCGGUCCACGUCACCAUCCUAGAAAAAGCCGACGGCAUCUACGAGAAGCAUGCAGGACAAGUCUUGCUGGGGGUGCCUGUCGGAGGGUCUGAGAGGAUGAAGGAGUUUCCAGUGUUGGUUCCCCAGGAGGUCAGAGUCAAGGGACGAGGACACCUGGAGGCUGCUGCUGACAUCACGCUGUCAUCUGCUGGCUGGGUGGCAGUAACGGCGGCGGAGGGCGAUCAGCUGCUGUUGAAGGUUCACGGUCCGCAGACGGCAGGUUUCGAUGUGAGAAAGCCGGCGCUGCUUCCUCACAUCGUCUCUCUGAAAGGACAACGCAUCCCCAAGUCUGUCGCCUACAAAACGGUGAAAGCUGCAGGACUGCUGAACGGAGGACUGUCGGUGAGCGGCACUGCGACGCUGCAGCUGAUGAACAAGAAGAAAAAGAAGAAGAACUGAGUGGCACUGCGACGCUGCAGCAGACAAAGAAGAACGAAGCAGCAUCCAGAGGCUGCAGCUGAAGAGGCGCUGAGGGCUGUGGUAGACACGUUUGUUUUGUUAGAACAGGACAUGUUUCUUGUUCUAUUAUAUUUGUUGUAAUUUAUCUUCAUAUAUCAAUAAACUUUUCGCAUUUAGAACAGGAA